AUGGAUCAUGACUCAGGCGAAGGGAAGCUGGAGAGUGCGCCAAAGUUCGACGGGAGCGACUAUUGGACUUGGAGCUUCCGAUUCGAACAAUGGGCAGAGGCGCACGAUCUAUGGGGGUACUUUGAUGGUUCGGAGGAGCGGCCUGCAUCGGGUGACGCACGGCUGAAGUGGGAGAGGAAAAAUCAGAAGGCAUUCGCUCAAUUCUGCAAUGCCUUGGUGCCAGAUGAGCUAAUUCGCUUGGUACGGGAGUUCGGCGGCAAGACCGAGUUGGGCAGCGCACUUGUUGAUGGCGGAGCAAGAGCGGUCACCCGAAUUCCUGCAGGCACAGUAGCGGCAUACAUACAAGUGAAGGAGUUCUACCUUCAGCGUGGAUUGUGUAACCGGAUGGCACUCUCUGAGGAGCUCUCUUCAUUGAAGAUGAAAGAGGGGGAGGGGGUGGCUGCAUACUGGGCGCGUGCCGAGGACUUGAGGUCCAAGUACUUGGCUGCAGGAGGAAAGGAGGAGGUUGAGGAGUGGAUGAUGAUGGUACUCAAAGGACUACCUCCUCACUUUGAGAUGCUGAAUGUGGUACUGAACAACCAAUCAUCAUCGCUCACUAAGGAUCAGCUGCUUACCUCUUUGAGGAGCGAGGAGAUGCGGAUUGGUGUCGCACCAAGAUCGGAUGGUGUAGCCACUUUUGGAGCGGGUACGAAAGUGGGCAGCAGCGGCAGGGGAAACUGGGACAAGGGAGGAAAGCAAGGAGGCAGCGGUAGCAGCAGCGGCACCAACUCGGGCAGAUGGGGUCAGGGGAAAGGCAAAGCAGGAGUGCUUGAUUUCCCUUGGGGGUCCAAGGGCAUGGCUCCUAAAGGGUUGUGUCAUGGCUGUUGGGAUGAGGGACAUGCAUGGCAGCGAUCUCCUCACCGACGUAAAGGAGGAAUUCCGGCAUUCUUACAGAGGGGGGGUCGUGGGUCCAACGGCAAGGCACAGGUGGCGGAUGAGGAGGAGCAGGAUGACAAGGCAGAGGCAGUAGUUGGAGAGGCAGUUGAAGCAGUGGGAGAGGAGCAGCCGCGAGAGGGGUGGUGGAUUGACAGUGGGGCCAGCCACAACUUUACUCCUUAUGCAUCGGACUUCAAAAGUAAGCUUCAGCCACCAGAGGUUCGGGGAGUUAGAUUGGGAGAUGGACGGGUGGUGAAAGCUGUUGGCAUGGGUGAGGUGCCAGUGGUUGGUGCUGGAG